UAUAUAUGCAAGCAACAUGAGCUCAGAAAAUGCAAAUAAGGGGGAGGAUUGCCUGGGAUGGGCUGCAAGAGAUGAGUCUGGGGUUCUUUCCCCUUACAAAUUUGCCCGCCGGGCUGUUGGGAGUGACGAUGUUUCCAUAAAGAUCACACACUGUGGAGUUUGCUAUGCUGAAGUGGUUUGGACAAGGAACAAACAUGGAGAUGCCACCUAUCCUUUAGUGCCUGGACAUGAGAUCGCCGGCAUUGUGCAAGAGGUCGGUUCAAAUGUUUGCGGAUUCAAAGUUGGUGAUCAUGUUGGAGUGGGAACUUAUAUUAAUUCAUGCAGAAAUUGUGAUUACUGUAAUGACGGCCUUGAAGUUUACUGUGAAAAAGAAGUUGUUUACACUUACAACCGUCUUGACGUCAAUGGUACCAUGACGAAAGGUGGAUUUUCCACUUACAUUGUUGUCCGCGAAAGGUACUGCUUCAGGAUAGCAGAAUCCUAUCCAUUGGCUUCAGCAGCACCUCUUCUUUGCGCCGGCAUUACUGUCUAUUCUCCAAUGAUACGCCAUAAGAUGAACCAACCCGGUAAAUCACUAGGCGUGAUUGGCCUCGGCGGUCUUGGUCACUUAGCCGUGAAAUUUGGUAAGGCUUUCGGACUGAAUGUAACAGUUUUCAGCACAAGCACAUCAAAGAAAGAGGAGUCUCUAACUCUGCUUGGUGCAGACAAUUUCGUGGUCUCAUCCGACCAAGAACAGAUGAAGGCCAUGGCUAAAUCCCUCGACUUCAUCAUCGAUACGGUAUCUGCUGAUCACUCAUUUGAUAUGUACAUGUCGCUUCUGAAGACUGCCGGCGUUCUUGUCAUGGUUGGGGCACCAAAUGAAGUUAAACUGAGUCCUAUGAGCCUAAUUCUGGGUAUGAAAUCGAUAUCUGGUAGCGUGGCGGGUGGUACGAAAGAGAUGCAAGAAAUGCUAAACUUCUGUGCUGCUCAGAAAAUAUAUCCCAACAUAGAAAUAGUUCCGAUUCAGUAUGUGAAUGAAGCAAUUGAGAGGCUUAUAAAGAAGGAUGUGAAGUACCGGUUUGUGGUGGAUAUUGAGAACUCCCUGAAAUAUUGAACAAGGAAAACUCAGAUUUCUACCAAAGCAUCGAUGAGAAGGCAUAUAUAUAUGCAAAAGAUUUGCAGAGAUUUUAUCUAAUAGGGUUGUGUUUUUUUUUUUUGUUGGGUGUGGUUGUCUUACUUUUAAUGGAAGUGUUUGAAUUCAUCUCCUGCCUUGUGUGUUAGGGCUAGUUCGGUAGUUUGGUGCUUUUAAAAAAUUGUUUCUGUUGUGAUAUUAGAAUAAAAGGGUUUUUGAACUUUAAUCCUUCAAGAAGAUUAAAAUUUAAUAAAAAUCUAAUAUUAGAUUGAA